AUGGGGAGCACAUUCGCUCUAUUUCUAGCUGCUGCUGUUUUCUUAUUCUUUAAAGGUUGCAGUUGUUCAGAAGCGGAGCACAGGCUGUUUGCAGCCUUGUUUGCCAACUACAAUCAGUUUAUCAGACCAGUGGCGAACGUGUCAGACGCUGCCAUCAUUCAGUUUGAGGUAUCCAUGUCACAGCUAGUGAAGGUGGAUGAAGUGAACCAGAUAAUGGAGACCAACUUGUGGCUGAAACAUAUCUGGAACGAUUACAAACUUAAGUGGAAUCCAGAGGAAUAUGGAGGUGCUGAGUUUAUUCGAGUCCCAUCUGAUAGGAUCUGGAAGCCAGACAUUGUCUUAUAUAACAAUGCAGUUGGGGACUUCCAAGUUGAUGACAAGACAAAGGCCUUAUUGAAAUACACAGGAGAAGUGACCUGGAUACCUCCAGCUAUUUUUAAAAGUUCAUGUAAAAUAGAUGUAACCUACUUUCCAUUUGACUACCAAAACUGCACCAUGAAGUUUGGUUCCUGGUCUUACGAUAAAGCUAAAAUUGACUUAGUUUUAAUUGGCUCUACAAUGAACCUCAAAGACUACUGGGAGAGUGGAGAAUGGGCUAUUAUUAAAGCUCCUGGAUAUAAACAUGACAUUAAGUACAACUGUUGUGAAGAGAUAUAUCCAGAUAUCACCUAUUCUCUUUAUAUUAGGCGCCUGCCUUUAUUUUAUACCAUCAACAUGAUUAUCCCAUGUCUGUUGAUUUCUUUCUUAACUGUUUUGGUGUUCUACUUGCCUUCAGACUGUGGUGAGAAGGUGACACUAUGCAUAUCAGUCCUUUUAUCCUUAACUGUAUUUCUCCUAGUGAUCACAGAGACCAUCCCUUCUACCUCUUUGGUAAUCCCACUUAUUGGAGAAUACCUCCUCUUCACCAUGAUAUUUGUAACUCUUUCCAUUGUCAUUACUGUGUUUGUACUUAAUGUACACUAUAGAACACCGAAGACACACACAAUGCCUGAGUGGGUGAAGACCAUUUUCUUGAACUUACUUCCCAAGAUCAUGUUUAUGACCAGGCCUGCCAGUGAUGAAGAGAAUAAUCAGAAGCCAAAGCCACUUUACAGUGCUGAGCUCUCAGACUUAAAUUGCUUCAGCAGCUCUGAAGCCAAAUGCUGCAAAGAUGGCUUUAUAUGUCAAGAUAUAACAUGCAGCUGUUGUCAGUAUCAACGAAUAAAGUUUUCUGACUUCAGUGGCAAUCUUACAAGGAGUACAAGCUAUGACUCGGUAGAUGCUCUGCUUUCGUUUUCAGUUUUGUCACCAGAAAUGAGAGAUGCCAUUGAAAGUGUCAAAUACAUUGCAGAGAAUAUGAAAAUGCAGAAUGAAGCCAAAGAGAUUCAGGAUGACUGGAAGUAUGUUGCCAUGGUAAUUGAUCGCAUUUUUCUGUGGGUUUUUAUUCUGGUAUGUAUUCUAGGAACAGCGGGAUUGUUCUUACAACCAUUGAUGGCUGGAGAUGAAAUGUAG